CUUCUUUUAUCUCUAGUUCACACCCAUAGAGUGAAAGUGAUUGAGAUCUUCAGUGAAGCUCCUCCUACAACAAUCCACCAAUAAAUGCUGGAGUCAAACACACAGAGAAAUCACUCCAUGUGUGACAACUGAAAUCUUCAUGACAUAAUGUUGAUGCUGGUGAAAGAGGAGCUUGAGAAGAUGACAGAUCCACAACCAUGUAGAAUAAAGGAUGAAGAUACUGAGGAACAAAUAGAUAUGAUUGAAGUGAAAGAGGAGAGUCAAGCUGAAGUGGAUGAGAAACAUCAGAUUGUAAAAAUAAACCAUAAUGUUUCACAGAAAGAAACUCUGAAGACAGAAGACAUAAAGUGUGAAAAUAGUUUCAGUGAAGAUGAACGCCCUGCAGAUCACAAGAGGACUCAUAGUGAGGAGAAACCUUUCACAUGUCAACAGUGUGGAAAGAGUUUCGGAAGAAAAGUUAACCUUAAAACACACAUGAUGAUUCACACUGGAGAGAAACCUUACACUUGUCAUCUGUGUGGAAAGAGUUUCUCUAUUGAAAGUUACCUUAAAAUACAUGCAAGAAGUCACACCGGAGAGAAACCACACGUCUGCCAUCACUGUCAAAAGAGUUUUACAUCUGCAUGUAACCUUAAGAUACACAUGAGUUCUCACACUUUAGAGAAACCUUACACAUGUCAGCAGUGUGGAAAGAGUUUCGGAACCAAACCUCACCUUAACGCACACUCGAGGAAUCACACCAGAGAGAAACUACAUCGCUGCCAUCUCUGUGAAAUUAGUUUUACAAGUGCAUGUAACCUUAAGAAACAUUUGAGAAUUCACACUGGAGAGAAACCUUACACUUGUCAACAAUGUGGAAAGAGUUUCGGAACCAAAGAUAACCUUAACGCACACAUGAUGAUUCACACCGGAGAGAAACCACAUCCGUGCCAUCACUGUGAAAAGAGUUUUAUAACUACAUCUAAACUUAAGAGACACAUGAGGACUCACACUGAGAAACCUUACACUUGUCAACAGUGUGGAAAGAGUUUCUCUGUUGAAAGUUACCUUAAGGUACAUGCAAAGAUUCACACUGGAGAGAAACCUUACCUGUGUUUUCAGUGUGGAAAGUGUUUCCGUAUGGAGCAUCACCUUAAGAGACACAUGAUGAUUCACAGCGAAAAGAAACCUCACACAUGUCUUUAGUGUGAAAAGAGUUUCAUAGAUAAACGUGGACUUGAGACUCACAUGAGAAGUCACACUGAAGAGAAACCUUACAAACCUGAAAAAAAACGUGUCAAAAGUGUGGAAAGAGAUUUACGAUGAAAUGUGACCUUAAUAGACACAUGAGAAUUCACACCAGAGAGAAACCGUUCACUUCAUCACUGUGGAAAGAGUUUCAAAGCCAAAGCUACCCUUAAAAUACACGCAAGAUUUCACACUCAGUAGAAAUCAUUCAUGUGUCAACAGUGUGGAUAUGGCAACAACAUUUAGAAAUCAGCUGAGGUCUUAUUAAUAAAACUGUCUGGAGGAUCCUUA